GAGGAGGAGGAGGGGGAGGAGGACGAGCGCGCGCCAUGGCCCCGCGCGGGCGCUGCCGGUGGGCGCUGCUGCUGGCCUGGCUGCCGGCCGGUUGCCUCUCGCUUCUGGUGACAGUGCAGGAUGUUGAGCGUUACACCACCUUAUUCGCCACUGUCGUCCUCAAGUGUGACUACAGCACCUCAGCACAGCUGCAAGACGUGGUGGUGACCUGGCGCUUCAAAUCCUUCUGCAAGGACCCCAUCUUUGACUACUACUCAGCCUCAUACCAGGCUGGUUUAGCCCUUGGCCAGGACCCCUCUGACGACUGCAAUGACAGCCAGCGGAAGGUGCGCAUUGUAAUCCAGAAAUUUGGGCAGAAGGACCCUGUGCUGGGCAUCGACUACCAGCAGCGAAAGAUCACCAUUCAGAACCGAGCAGACCUUGUCAUCAGUGAGGUUAUGUGGUGGGACCAUGGCAUGUACUACUGCACUGUGGAAGCACCAGGAGAUACCUCAGGUGAUGCGGACAAAGAAGUUAAGCUGAUUGUUCUCCACUGGCUCACAGUACUCCUCAUCAUUCUCGGUGGGCUCCUCCUCCUUCUGCUGAUCGGGAUAUGCUGGUGCCAGUGCUGCCCCCAGUAUUGCUGCUGCCACAUCCAGUGUGGCUGCUGUCCUACACGGUGCUGCUGUAAUCAGAAAGUACUGGAACGGCACCAGUUCAUGAAGCGGGCUCAGGCACUUGCACCUUGGUUAUCGCCCAACGUGUUCUACGGAGCUGGUGACAGGAACUCAAAACUUUCUUCUUACCAGCUGAACCCUCUGCUGCAACAAGAUGUAUCUCUGCAGAACAGUCUUCCACUGGUGCAGCCACAAGCCCAGCUUUCCCGUAACAAUGGUGUUUUGGACUAUCUGGAGUCUGAAAUCCAUAACCUGAACAUGUCCCAGCUGCGGCCGCCCUCCCACCAGCGGCAGGCUGUGCAGCCCAGCUUGCUGUCCUCACUGGGCUCUGACAUUGUGCCACCUCCUCUUGCUGACCACAUCUCCUCCAUCCAUGGGAGCAGCAACUCCUCACGGCCGCAAAGAGCUGCCCGCACCCCCAGAUCCUGGGAAUCUGCAGCAGAGGACAGAAGGGAAAACCGGAGGUGGCCCUUGCCUUCCAGUGGGGAUUCUCAUUCCAGCUACAGUCAGGAGCCCUGGGACAGGCAGCGAGAGGAUCAUCCUCAGAGGCAGAGGACAGGUGGCUACAAUGGCAGGCCCCAGCACUCCAGACGGGAUGUGUCACCCCCACGCCAAGCUGAGAGGGGCAAGAGCAGCAGCAGUUUCUAUCCGGAGGAGACCAAGGAGCACUCCAGCCACCAUCGUGGUGGGAGGCAGGAGCCUGGGGGAAGGCGAGAAUAUGAGCACCAUGCUGGGAGGAGCAAUUACUCUGGCCAGAGGCGGCACAGCUACUCUCCCCCCUCUUCUCGCAGGGGCUCGUGGAGCUCUUCAGAAGAGCAAGUCCGUGUCCCGGUGUCGAACCGCAGGCGAAGGAACCGCAGGUCCCGGGAGUGGCCAGAAGAGAAACCGCCCAGUUAUCGCUCCUUAGAAAUCAUCCCAGCACAGGACAAGAAGCUCAAAGGCAGCGCAGGGACGCGCUCGGACAGAGGAAGUUCCCACAGUGGAAGAAGCAUAGUCAUUUAAUGUCAGUACUGAAAGAACUAAGAUUCCCACUGGAUGACUCCUAGUUUUUCUGCUAUUUCGAUUGGGAUGACUGCUUUUGAUUGAACAGAAAAACAGCAAUAAAACAGAUGAAGUAGCUUCCCCUUAGACUUACAGCUCUGAAGAAUAUGUAUCUAGUGCCAUGAAAGCCAUACAUAACCUAUUUUUAUUGCUGUGAUUUGGAAACUUAGGUUGGGCUAAGUUCUAAUGGGCUGAGGUUCAUUGGAAACAUUCUAGUAGAAACAGCAGAUAUUUCAUGUAAACAGUGUAUUCCCAGUCUUUAAUGAGAGACACCAGUUCUCUCUAAGUGCAGUGGCACUGCAAGGAGCCCAGUCUGUAGAAUGCUGGUGCUUUGCACACCAGUUACCAGAGACAGGUUCCAAUGUUCACAGAGUUGUAAAGUCACAAGAAAGCAGAAUAAUUUAGGUUGAAAAAGGCCUCUGGAGGUCAUCUGAUCCAGUCCUCUGUGAGCUCUGUGGGAGGAGGCACAACAUCUUUGUUGUGCUUCAGAAUGUAUAAUGUUUGUUGCUUCUGCCUGGCUGCCUAACAUAGCUGGGACAGUUGCUUCCCCACUAAGCCUCUCUCCCAAACAGGAGGAUCACAGUGUUGGGAGAACGUUGAGUGCCUUAAUAAGGUUUCACUGGCAUGUCUGCAAAUUGCCAGCUUUGCUCUUCUUUACUGACUGAAAAACCUGCUUCACUUUGAGCUUAGAUCUUAGUGCCUUAAAAGAUACUUGUUGAAGCCUUUCAUCCAGACUUGAAUUUAUUUGUAAACUUAAAGGGCUAAAAUUACCAAAGUUGGUCCUUCCCUAUAUGGACUGAGCAAGUAUGACUACUCUCCUUUACACAAUGGACCAGAAUUUCCUUCAGCUCAAGGAAGCAUGGUUUUGAUGAAUAUAACUUGCCUAAGCCAUGUUCUCUUUUCCAUACGUUUUAUAUUCUCCCUUUCCUCUCCAUGCCAUAUACAUGGGUGGGAUAAAGGGCUCUGAAGAAGUCCUACAGUUGCCAUUUUUACUACUGACACUUACACCAACCCUGCAUGUGUGGUGUAUCUGGAGCUGGAUUGUAGGGUUUCCUCAGUUUUCACCCUAGAAUACAAAAUUUCUAUAUCCUUUGAGACCAGUUGUGGAGGAGAACUUGUCAUUUCUCCUUGAUGUGAUUAAUCCACUAUUUUAAUUUAAAAUGUGCAGAGAAAGAGCUUUCUGGAUGCUGGCUGCUUCUACGGGAAACUGUCCUGCCAGAGGUACUUCUUGGAUUUAAGAGACUCCACAGUUGGCAAGGAGCUUUUGGAGAAUUUUGUGAAUUGUUUUGUAACCCAGAGGCACUGGAGAUUGGCCAGUACCAAUGACUGUCUUGCCUAGCUUAUUUCCCAGACGGUGCCACAUGGGACACUUGCUACUUUAAUGUUUGUUCUUUAAUGUCCUAAUUACUGAUGUGCUUAUGCUUUUCCCUGGAAGACUUGGAGAGACUUACUUUGUCCACCUCCAUUUUUUCUUUUCUUUGGACAAUGAUGGGAAACAUCACACUUUGAACAAAUGGUCCCAGCUGGAUAUCCAAUGCAGUUGCUGGUCAACCCAGGGCUACUCCAGAGUGCCCACCUUCCCACAGUUUCUUGGCUGAACAUGCUUAUUCAUAAUUCCAGCCUAUGGAGAUAAAGCAGGAGGACCAACGAGCCUCUCUGGUUCACUUUGUUUCAGAACUGCCAGCCUACUUUUUGAAGACAGAGGGUUUCUUUACUGAUUACAGCUGAUGGGUCUCACAAAUUUUUUUUUUAAAGAGCUAAAAGAGUAACUCCAAUGUUUGAAUUCAAGAAAGGAGGGCUGCAAUUAGCAUAGUACUUCUCUGCGUUAGGCCCAGACUGAACAAGGUGAAUUGACCCAUGAGUCACAUUUGAAAUAUAGGGAACUGUGUUUGCAGAACUUGCAAAGCUAGGAUCAUUCUUUAAUCUAUUAGCCACUCUCUGGAAUAUUUUUUUCUAAUUUUAUGAUAUGCUUAGGAUUUUAUGAGCCAGCUUUUUUUAUGAUGGACUGGUAUUUUUAUUAGUUAAGAUGCGUUUAUGAUGACUGCAAUGACAGAAAAUUAUAUGGAGCUGCUUCUUUCAAAAGUAGCAACCAGUUUUUACAUUAGCUUUACCCUGACUUUUAGCAGAUAGACAGGGCCCUGGAAGCUGAAUUGGUAACUUGGAAUUUGACUCUCUCCUUGUGCCUCCAAUAGGUUCAUUCAUUCAUAGGCUCAUACAUCAUGCAUGACAACUUUUUCCUGUCCUAGCCCAAAUGUCCAGGCUUCAGGAAAGGGCUGCCUCUUUCUCCAUCAAAGAGUUAAGGCUAUUUGAGACAUGUGGUGAGAUCCCAAGAUAGUUGCAAGGAAGGAGUUCACUUUCCUUCACAUUCAAGUGUGUACAAGCGAACACGUACCCAGCAAGUCUUCCCAAGAACAAGAAGCCCCUCGCACUGCAAGAAAUCCAAGAUGAUUGUCUCUGUAACAGGAACAACUGUUGGAGUUGCUGGAGUAUGAGCAUGCUAACAGCAGAUGUGCUUUUUUAUCUCCAUCCUAUGAAGGAGCCCUCCAUCUUUAUUUGUCCUGUAGUGCCCAUAAUUGCGCUAGGGUGACUAAUUGUAGAUUUGUGAACACAAUUCACAAAUUGUGAAAUCUGAAGGGUUUUAUGUAUAUUGUACUGGAUUUCCUCUUCAGUCACUUCGUUCAUGUUUAUAGAAACAUUAAACAAAACUCUUCAGGGAAAAUUGAUCAUAUCUCCAUGUUAAUUCUGUAACUUCUUAAAUUGUGACAGAAGUAGAUUGGGUGAUCCAGCAGGGAAGCAGAAAUGAUACCAGGCUUACUGGUUUGCAAACCACUGUGGUUCAUAAAGCACCAGUUGGUGGGCUGUGAAAUAACGACAAAGGAAAUCUGUCUUUGUGUGCUUCUUCAACUGCAAGCAGACAGAAAAGUGAGAAGGAAAUAGGCUCUGCUUUGGGUGCUUAUUUCUGAUUUUAGUUGGCUAUAAAUGAAACCCAUUGUGUUAGUAUUGCACAAUACAAUAUGCACCCUUUUCCAGUAAGAUCACAGGGUCUUUGACUUUUUAAGAGAGAGAAAGCUCCAACAGAGCACACUGAAAGAAAUAACAGCAGGAAAUAUCCUAGCUUCAUUCUUUCUAAAUUUCAAUUUAUUCAUGCUUAAUUUUUUAGCUAUUCCAGAGAGCUGGGGUUCAUAUGUCAGCCCAUUCAUGAUGGAAAAAUUUGAAUAUUUCACAUAGGAGAGUUAUUCCUCUUCUAGAUUUUUGUUUUCUUGUUCUUGCCAGAAGAACAAGGAAUAUACCUUACUCCCAAAGAAUGAAUCUUCUGUCUCAGAUAAAGUGCCUUCAAAGCCAGUGGCAUUACCCUAAUUUAAAAUAAUGUCAUGAGUAAAUGGCCAUGCCAUGCAGGGCUAGAUAAGGUAACCCAUGCUACAGUCAGCUGCUUUCUACCUCAGAACAGAGAUGCAUAAGAGAGAUAAAGAAUCGUGUCAUUUUUCUUUGAUUAAGAAAGUACUUUGCAAUAUCUGGCUUUCUUGCUUAUUUGCAGAGCACCCUGCCAUUCUGGAAUGCCAUUCUAGGAAUGGGGGGGAAAGGGCUGCUUCUGUGCAAUCAUUGAUCUGGUCUUGGCAAGUGCUUGUUUGGCACUAGAAAGUGCUGAAAUGCCCAGUUGCUAUCUCUGGGAUUGUAUUCAUGAUACCACUGCCUAAAGUUAGGCUGACUUCAGGGCUGGGGAACUUGCCUUGUGUGAUAACAGCCACAAUGCAAAGCUCUUCAGCAGUAUGAAUUACCACACAGGGCAGCUAAGUCCCUUCUGUUACUACCUCCUGCAAUACAUCAGUUUAAAAACCCACUUAAGAGCCUCCCAUUUGUUGACCUGACAUUAGAAAGAAAUGACACUUGAGGUUAUCUUAAAUUAACCCCUGUAAGUAAUGACUGCUCAUUCCUAUUUCUACUAAGUUUUAAUGCCUUGUGAUGGACUUCUGAAUGUUAUUCCAGCUGUAAAAGAAGAUGAUAAAUGUGUAGCUUCUCUUCAAUGACUGUCAAAUAUCUAAUUGAAAUAUAAGAAAACUUUCAA